AUGAAGUUUGGGUUAUUAAUUCUAUUACUUUUAAUUAGUGUUUAUGCUGACUACUCUCCUCUAUCCUAUGUGGACCGCCCAUGUGGUAGUGAUCUCUCGAAUCUCUGGCUUGAUGUCAUAGCAGUUGUGGAUAACUCUCGAGGAAUGACCGUCGCCGGGUUGGAUAAUGUCGCUGCCAACAUUGCGUCCGCCUUCAGUUCCGGAACUCGAAUCGGAUCUGAUGCGAACAAGCCCAGAACCACUCGUCUUGGAUUAGUCACCUAUAACUCUGCCGCUACUCAGAAGGCAGAUCUUAACCAAUAUCAAUCGAUUGGUGAUGUUUUUUUUGGAAUUUUUGAUGCUCUGUCGAAUAUUGUGAACACCAAUGAAUCAUAUCUUGCAACUGGACUCGAGUUGGCGGAGAGAAUGUUGAUAGAUCAGAGUGUCAACUCUACUCGUGCCCACUAUCAAAAAGUGGUGAUCGUUUAUGCAUCAGAAUAUGCUGGAAAUGGAGAAUUGGACCCAUUACCUAUUGCCGAACGAUUGAAACUAUCUGGUGUCAAUAUAAUCACAGUUGCCUAUGGAGAUGCUUAUGGACUUAUGAAAUCGUUAAGUCAUAUUGCCUCUCCAGCCAACUGUUUCUGCCCAAACGGCUGGGUACAGUACCGAUCCGACUACUCUGAUCUGGCCUCCUCUCGCUACGGUGUGUGCAUCCAAGGUGUCGCUCUUUCAGCUAAAUGGCUUGCUGCUAAAAUGAGUUGCAGUAACCGAUGGAGAAAUUCCUCCCUUGCCGCCGAAUUCAGCCAAGACAAACAUGACUUCAUUUUCAAUCUCGCUCAAAACACUCAAGGAUUCUCACCGCCGUAUAAGUACCAUAUCGGAUUGAAUUAUGUCUCUGGAUCCUGGGUAUGGACUCAGCCAACGGGACUCCAACAGGUUCCACUUCAACAACCCCUCAUGUGGCUUUCCGGAAAUCCUCAACAGUCGUCUACUCAAUCUGGGGUGAUGAACAUGCAGAGUGGACAAGGAACCGGAUGGAUAAGCAUCGCUAAAAUGGCAGGCAGUGCAAAUUAUGUCUGUGAGACCUAUUCGUGUGAUACUGAUAACUAUUGUGAUGAGAAUAUGAAUAAAAACCAAUGA